AUGGUGGUCCUGAUAUCGAGACGUGGCGCGAAAUCCUUGAUCCGUGGAUUGGAACGACGUGGUGGAAGUAACGCUUCCGGCGAUUCGCAGCAAAAGCUCGACGUCGUGGCGAAUGACAUCUUUAAAAGGCACCUUACGGAGUGUGGAGGUGUCAAGUACUACGCUAGCGAGGAAGAUGACACGCCUGUUGUGUUGAAUGUCGACGGUGGUUACGUCGUGUGCAUUGAUCCGCUCGAUGGCUCGCGAAACAUUGCCUGCAAUGUUCCAGUGGGGUCAAUCUUCGGCGUAUAUCGCGCUAUCGAGGGAGCUUCUGCCGAAGAGAACGCCGUGCAACCAGGGCGCGAGCAAGUCGCCGCUGGAUACGCGCACUAUAGCGGCGCGACAACGUUAGUUCUUGCGUGCGGCGAUGAAGGUCCAGCGGUCGAGUACACGUUGUUUGACGGCGAAUUCGCCGUGGCAAACAAACGUAUGUCGUGCCCUCCCAGAGGUCAAGUGUACUCGCUCAACGACGCCAGAUUUGAUGACUGGCCCGAAGGCUUGAAGUCGUACAUUAAUGAUAUUCGUAACGGUCGAGGCGAGAGCGGCUCUCAGUACAGCGCGCGAUACAUCUGUUCGCUCGUCGGGGAUGCGCACCGAACGCUGAUUUACGGCGGAUGGUGUGGCAACCCGCGACCGCACCUUCGCGUUGUCUUCGAAGCGGCUCCACUCGCCUUCGUCGCUCGCGCCGCCGGUGCGGCAUCUUCUGAUGGCAUUCGUUGCUCGGACGAAGCGACAAACGGCGUCGAAACCAUACUCGACAAGAAACCGACGACGCUUCACGAGCGCUCGCCGCUCUUCCUCGGCUCGUGCGAGGACAUCGCCGAGCUCGUUCUGCGCGGCGACGUUCGCCAGGACGGCUCGAAGACUUACUCCGUCUAA